GGAGAUAAAACUCCAGGAGAAAAGCUUAUCACUUGUAAACAGACGAGCUGAGGGGAAAAAACUGUUACAAAAGCUACUUUCAGAUAAAGCAAACAAUGAACCUGGUUUAUCCGGAAACCUUUAAAGAGACUAAACCCCGUAGAGGAACAUACUCUCGCGUUGUUCACAGACACAGUGACAGGUCGGGGUGCAGGUCUCAUCACAACAUCAUCAGGGCGUUUCAGGCGACGCACAAGCACACAGCAGCGCUCUGACAUAACUUGGUAUUGGUCCUCCCUGCAUGGGACAGCAGAUCCGUUUUAUACAGACGACAUGAAAUGUUGAUGUUGUGAAAAUGAACAAACCCAAAAUGGCCACGGAGAAAGGUGUUCCCAGUAACUCCAGGGUACUGAUGCUGCUGGGCCAACUGGAGAGGAUGAAUGGGGAGGCCAUGGGGAGGGACGUUGACACAGCAAGACAGAUCACGGCAAAGAUACUUCAUCUCAUACAGACUCAAGAGAAGACUGGAAAAGAGGUGAUGUCCAAAGGCUCCAGUGGCCUGGAGGUCAUCCUGGCUUCACUGGAGAGCUCCAGGGAUGUCCAGACUACUCUGAACAUUUUGUACAUUCUGAGUGAGCUGCUGACUGUGGGCAGGGGUCGCAGGGUGGGAGUAUUUGUAUCUAAAGGAGGAACAGGGAUAUUGUUUCAGAUUCUGAUCUCUGCAAGUAAAGAGUUGCCCCCCAGUGAGGAACUUAUGCUGCAGCUUCACUCACUGCUGGCCAAGGUUGGCCCUAAAGACAGAAAGUUUGGUGUGAAGGCACGUCUCAGCGGAGCUCUGAACGUCACAGUCAACUUAAUGAAACAGAACCUGCAGAACACCAAACUGCUUCUGCCCUGCCUGCAGGUUCUCAGGGUUUACUCUGCCAACUCAGUGAACGCUGUUUCUUUGGGCAAGAACGGAGUGGUGGAGCUCAUGUUCAAGAUUAUCGCGCCAUACAGCAAGAAGAACACCAGCCUGCUCAAGGUAGCUCUGGACGCACUGGGAGCUCUGCUCAAAUCUAAGACUAAUGCUCGUCGGGCAGUGGAUGGUGGACACGUGCCUAUCUUACUAGUUCUGUAUCUUGAUUGGCAUCGCAAUGACACAAGGCAUCGCCACAUGCUGAUACGUAAAGGGCUGCUCGUCUGCCUCAGGAACAUCACAAACAUCAAGCUGGGAAGGAAAGCCUUCAUAGACGCUGAUGGCAUGAGGGUCCUCUACAACUCGUCUAUGGAGUGUCUCCCAGUGCGGACUCUGGAUCCUCUGAUCAACACUUCAAGUCUCAUCAUGAGGAAGUGUUUCCCCAAGAACCGUCUGCCUCUGCCCACCAUCAAAUCAGCCUUCCACUACCAGCUGCCACAUGUACCUGCUGCAGGGCCUGUGGCACAGCUGUACAGCCAGCCACCUGGGGGGAAGGAAACUCAUCAGCUCUUCAACAAGCCCUUAAAAAAGGUGGAUGAUGUGGUGGACGAAAGUGAUGAUAAUGAGGAGACGGACGCAGACACUGAGAAUGAAACUGAAAAUGAAGAAGAUGAGAAGGAUCAGCUCACUGCAAAUGACGACAUAGAGACAGCUAACAAGCUGCAUCCCAAAAAGAGCCCUGGACGUCCUUUUGAGGAGUUACGAGUUUAUGAAAGGUUCUUCUUGGAGCUUUCUGAAGACUUCCAGGGUUAUAACUUUGAUUGCUCAAAGAGUGCCUCUACCACAUCAUCAUCUUCAUCAUCAACCUUCUCAUCGUCAUCAUCAGCCUCAACUCUACCCUCUCGGCCAAUCAUAGUGCCCACAGCUCAGGCCCUCCCAAAACAUGUCCCCAUAUCAAGCUCUCUGGUGGGUUGCAACUCUACCAAAGGUAAACACACCCUGCCGUCUCCUUCCGCACCCACUCCCACUCCCCCUGCUCCUCUCGCACCUUUAGAACUGGACACCAUCCACCUCACCAAGGACCAAGACAAACAAGAGAAGGCAAACAUUCCUUCCCCCGACACACAAACAGCACUGUCCUCCCUCACCAGGCCUCCUCCUCAAGGGCAGGUGAUAGAACGGGAACUAGUUAACGUGUUGGAGGGUGUCUCUCUAGAAGAGGAUGUGUUUCUGAGCACAGAAGAAGGGGGAAGAAAGGGAGUCAAACAAGAAGAGUCCCCAGUCAAUGCCACAAGACACAUACAGUCUCCCCUGCUCCUGGGGGGUAUCCCUGCUCUGCGUGUGGGAGGAGGAGGCAGCAACUGGGGAUCAGAUUGUGGUUCAGAGGGUGCUGAGGAUGAGGGAGCGGAAGGAGCCGUUCUCGAGGUGCCAGACACGGCACUGCUUCUCCCGCUGCAUGACCCUGACCUUUACGUGGAGAUGGUGAAAGGAACACUCUCUGUACCCCGGUAUGCUGAAGUGGCUUAUCCGGACUACUUUGGCCACGUGGCCCCAACGUUUAGGGAACCCCUUCUGGAGAGAGUUUAUGGCGUUCAGAGGACUAAGAUAUUCCAGGACAUCGAGAGGAUGAUUCAUCAUGAUAUUGUGGAUAAAGUAGUUUACGACCUGGACAUUCCAAGUUGUCCUUUGAUAGAAGACAACGGUGAAUCCCUGAAGUUCAACUCUCAAUUUGAGUCUGGCAACCUCAGGAAGGCGAUUCAAGUUAGAAAAAACGAGUAUGACCUAGUGCUGAAUUCAGACAUCAACAGUAAUCACUACCACCAGUGGUUCUACUUUGAGGUGAGCGGCAUGCGAGUUGGAACAACUUACCGCUUCAACAUCAUCAACUGUGAGAAGUCCAACAGCCAGUUCAACUAUGGCAUGCAGGUGCUGAUGUACUCUGUACAGGAGGCAAUCAGUGGAAGGCCACGCUGGGUCAGAACAGGAACAGACAUCUGUUACUACAAAAAUCAUUUUGCGAGGAGUUCCAUUGCAGCUGGUGGUCAAAAAGGAAAGUCUUAUUAUACGAUGACAUUCAGCCUGAGCUUCAGCCAUAAGGAUGAUGUCUGCUACUUCGCCUAUCAUUUCCCUUAUACAUACUCCACUCUUAAGAUGCAUCUGUCCAAACUGGAGGCUUUGAGGACCCCUCAGAUCUACCUGAGACAGGACGUUCUGUGUGAAACCCUGGGGGGAAACAGCUGCCCCCUUCUCACUAUCACUGCCAUGCCAGAGUCUAACUCCAAUGAUCACAUCUGUCAGUUCAGGAAUCGCCCAUUGAUCUUCCUGUCAGCCAGAGUUCACCCUGGAGAGACCAAUGCCAGCUGGGUAAUGAAGGGCACGCUGGAAUUCCUGAUGGGCACCAGCCCGCUUGCAGCCAGCCUGAGAGAUGCCUACAUCUUCAAGAUAGUCCCCAUGCUCAACCCUGAUGGAGUUAUAAAUGGAAAUCAUCGCUGUUCUCUGAGUGGAGAGGAUUUGAAUCGGCAGUGGCAGAACCCCAAUCUAGAGCUCCACCCCACCAUCUUCCACACUAAGAGCCUUCUGCAGUACCUUGCACACAACAAAUAGCGCACCUCUGGGUUUUGCGACUACCACGGUCAUUCCAGAAAGAAGAAUGUGUUCAUGUAUGGCUGCAGUGUGAAGGAGACAGUCUGGCAGUCCAAUAUCAGCGCCACGUCCAGCGACUUACAGGAAGACCUUGGAUACAGGGCUCUGCCCAAGAUCCUGUCCCAGAUCGCCCCUGCCUUCAGCAUGGCCAGCUGCAGUUUUGUUGUGGAGCGCUCCAAAGAGUCGACCGCCCGUGUUGUUGUAUGGAGAGAGAUAGGAGUACAACGCAGCUACACCAUGGAGAGCACGCUCUGUGGCUGUGAUCAGGGCAAAUACAAGGGUCUUCAGAUCGGCACCAGAGAGCUGGAGGAGAUGGGGGCUCAGUUCUGCGUGGCCCUGCUGAGGUUAAAGAGGCUGACAGGACUCCGCAACCACCAACAUCUGCUGGAUUUGGAGAGUGAUAUCAUUGGGACGCAGACUAAAGUGGUCAACAGCAGCCCCACAACCUAUGUGAUGGAGGAGGAUGAGCCGUCCUUUCUGGAGGCGAUAGACUACAGCGCAGAGAGCAACGAUGAGGACGCUGAACCUGAAAAUGAACAUGUUAACACAGUCCACGAGAUUCCAGAUCACCUCGAACCACUGUCAGACUCUGACACAAAUCACAGAGACUAGUGCUGAGAAGUUCACCUCCUGUAUACCUGACAAUUUGGGCUUAUUAACAACCACCGCUCAGAUUGUUAGCUGACCUUAAAAUACCUUUGAAGGUCAAAUAGUCCACCCCACACUGCUCACUUUGACUGGUAACAAAUAGCUUAUUGUAUAGACACUUUAUGAUGGUACGUAGGCUUCACUGGCACCACCCAGGUGCUUUUAUCCCAACUAUGUUUCUGCUAAAGUUGCAUACUCCACCUGCCUUUCACUUCAGACAGGCUGAUAUAGCCCUCUAUAGGAAUCAACAUGGGUUCCAAUGAAUGUUUUCACCUUUCACCUUUAUUCUGAGAUCCUUAUGAACUUUAACCCCUGACCUCAGACACCAUAUAGCCUCUGAGAUUCACAUACAGCUAGCCAGAGCAGCAAACAGCAGGCACCGCUGAUCCUUAACUGGAACCCUUUUCCACUUGCUCAUUUUUUACAGCUGAUCUCACACUAUAGCUGGGGUAGUGUUAUGUGUAGGCACUGUCCUUUAAACCUCUCUCACCUGUGACCCUGUGUUUUAAAAAAAAAACACUCCUUGUGAUAGAGGGAAACUGGAUCUCCUCCACUGACCAGCUUAGAGGUGCAACCAACCUGCCUUCUUAUUUUCUGUUCCUUCUUUUUGAAGUCUAAACAGGCGCUUUAACUUUUUACUCCUUUUCUUGUUUAGUCCCUCCUUGUUCGUCUCUUUCGCCCCUCUUCCUUCCUUUCCCAUUUUUCUGAAAAGCCAAGGUGUCUAAAUGGGAUGCAGGGAUGACCAAACAGCUCUGCAUCAUGUAGGUCAACGUCAGACAUCCCAGGUGUGUCAUGCAGAAAAAAAAAACCCAUGCAAAGAUGUAACUACACUUUAGCUGUGACUUCACUUCCUCUUCUUGGUCGUAGUACACAAGGUCAAAUCAUAUUUUAUGUGCUGUUUGCCUUGCUUAAUCCAAAAUGGAAACUAUGUAUAUAACAUAGAUGUAGAAUGUUCACGUCUUUAUGGAGACACACCUCGAACAAUACAAAUAUAAUCACACACCACAAACUUAACAUUGGCAGGUUUGGUUUGAUGCACAGCAGUAAAAAUAUAAAGAUGGAAUGUAAAAUAUCCACAUGCACUGUUAGUGUUUCGUGGAUUAUAAUAAUAGACAGUGUUAUAAUGUUAGACUGAGAAGAGAUAUACAAACAGAUGAGCUGCAGAGCAGAAAACUUUUUUGCACUUUGGAUAUACUCACAUAACAAAAACAUACUGAAUGACAGCUUAACGUCACUUUAGAACUUGUCACAGUUUGAAAACCUCAACUUCCGUCACCUCAGUAGAAGUUCUCAGACUCCAGCCUAAAGCUCAAUGCUUUAAAGAAUUGUACUGGAAUUUAGUUUCCUUCUUAUCCUUUCCUCAAAUCUGUGUGUACACUUUGUGGAUUUGCGUAGGGGAGACUGUUGCAUAAAAACAGAUGGUGCUUUGUAUUGAGAGUAUAAAGUAGUUUGUUUCUUUAUUUGUUGGAUGAGUUUUUCUGUUACGUUUGUACAGCUAGCGCAUGACUUUUCUGGUUUUAUUUGGUAAUUUAUUGAAUAGUGUUUCUGGGAUGAAACCUGUAUGUAUCUGUGGCAUUUUGAAUGUGUGUGUGCAGGAGUGUAAGUUAUUCCAUCAUUCAGAUCCGUUAAUACGCUUACAGUGUUUUUCUUUUUUCAAUCUAAUUAUCCCCUCUCACUCCCCUUUGCUAAUUUUCUCUCCAACCCCUCUCAAAUGUCUUCCAUUUCCUCUUUCUUAUAUUUUUGUCUAAGCUUCUUUUUUAUCUUUCUUUGUUUUACAUGUUACUCAUUGACAUUUUAGAAAACUCACAACUCCUUACUGUUGAUGCCUGUGUGUGUGUGUGUGUGUGUUUGUGUGUGUGAACAUGAUACAUGAUGUGGAAUAUAUAUAUGAAAUAAUGUCCGUCCCCUCCUGAGAGUUCUGUGUGCUGUAACGUCUUUCUUUUUGGUCUUUAGAAGUUGAUGUCAACAAGAUGCUACUUUAUAUUUUACAUUUAUUUGGAGGUAAACAAAAUCAGAGAUAGUGGGUGAUUUUAAGUCGAUGUAACACAGAAAGCAGAAACAAAGAGUGAACACAGGGAAUAAAAUGUGAAUGUGGUAAACGG